AUGUCAGAUCCAUCCUCAAAGCCACCAUCAAUUCCCUCCUGGCAGCGACAAUCCGAAUCUGGACCAGCUGACCCGUCGCCGUCAUCCCCAUCUGCGUCGCCGAACUCCGACGACCUGCCCGCAUCCACGUUACGGCACGAUCUCCUCGAGCAAGCAUCGCGGUUCCUAGAGGACGAAUCGAUCCGAGAUGCUCCUACAGAUCGCAAAGUCUCUUUCUUAGAAUCGAAAGGGCUGAACUCAGACGAGAUUGAAACCCUUCUCGGCGUUGCCCGAAAUCCAGAGGCGACCAGCUCAACCGAGACCCCAGCCGAGGACAAGACGCAAGAGACGACCUCCUCCCCUGCUUCUUUGCAGUCUCAGCCUACAUCUUCCUCUCCUGUCACUGCUUCAUCCACAUCCACCAGCAUGGCGCAACCGCGCUCGACUCCUGCUACCUCCCCCUCCACCUCCCCCUCCUCCGCACGCGACGUUCCCCCAAUCAUCACCUACCCCGAAUUCCUCUUUCAGCCAGCUAAGCCACCCCCUCUGGUGACAAUGAGCCGAAUCCUUUACACAAUAUACGGUGCCGCAGGCCUCGGCGCCAGCAUCUACGGCGCAAGCGAGUACCUUGUCAAGCCGAUGCUCGCCAAUCUCACCAGCGCACGCCACGACCUCGCCACCACUGCACAGGAGAACCUUGAGAAGCUUAAUGAGAAGCUUGAGCAGACUGUGACGGUCAUUCCCGCACACCUCACUGCGCGCAAAACGGCUGAUGAGGAAGAAUCCAACGAUAGCGACUCGUUCACCUCGGACCCGACAGAGCUCUUCCAUCGAGACAUCGGGACCCAGACCACCCCAGACGUCUCCCAAACCUCACUGGUAUCAAGUACAAAGGACUCUGAGGAGGAUGCUGAGGAUGCACCGACAGUGGCGGUCAACAACCACCUAAGUCGCUUGGAGUCCAUCCAAUCCCAGCUAAAGGAAGUGAAUGAACUAGAAAAAGAUUCAAGUGACUUGGAUGACUCGAUGCGGGCCAGCCUCACAGAUCUGCAUCACUAUCUGGAUGGCUUAAUCUAUUCUGCACCCGCAUACUCUGCCUCAACGCCCUCGUAUGGUCUGUACAGCAACACCACCAGUAGCGGGGGCGAUAGUAAGGCGGCUGGUGUGCGCAAGUCCGAGGACGACGCCAUUGCAAGCUUCAAGGCCGAGAUCCGGGGUGUCAAGGGCGCGCUGUUGAGCGCGAGGAAUUUCCCUGCGAGCCGGGGUGGCAGACUUGGAGGUGUGACUGCGUCACCUGGGCGCUGA